AUGUUCGCCAGCCGUCUUAUUCCCCGGCAUACCGCCCGUCCGGUCACUGCCCGCUCUACCCUCCCCACAGUCGUCUCCGCACCCGCCCUGUCGCGAUGGAGCCGUGCCUACUCGUCUGCCUCCGAUGAGAAGGACCUUGUAAUCAUCGGUGGUGGUGUUGCUGGUUACGUCGCCGCCAUCAAGGCCGGUCAGGAGGGCCUCAGCGUCGCCUGUAUCGAGAAGCGCGGUACCCUCGGUGGUACUUGCCUGAAUGUCGGCUGCAUUCCCUCCAAGUCGCUCCUCAACAACUCCCACCUCUACCACCAGAUCCUCCAUGACACCAAGAACCGUGGUAUCGAGGUCGGUGACGUCAAGCUGAACCUGGCCAACCUUAUGAAGGCCAAGGAUAGCUCCGUCGCUGGCCUGACCAAGGGUGUUGAGUUCCUGCUCAAGAAGAACGGCGCCGACUACAUUAAGGGGACCGGCUCCUUCAUCAACGAGAACGAAGUCAAGGUUGAGCUCAACGACGGCGGCGAGACCACGCUCAAGGCUAAGAAUAUCCUCAUUGCCACCGGCUCCGAGUCGACGCCCUUCCCCGGCCUCGAGAUUGACGAGAAGCGCGUCAUCACCAGCACCGGCGCCAUCGCCCUCGACAAGGUCCCCGAGUCCCUCGUUGUCAUUGGUGGAGGUAUCAUCGGUCUCGAGAUGGCCUCCGUCUGGUCGAGGCUGGGCGCCAAGGUCACCGUUGUCGAGUUCCUCGGCCAGAUCGGUGGUCCCGGUAUGGAUACGGAGAUUGCCAAGGCUACCCAGAAGGUCCUGAAGAAGCAGGGCAUCGAGUUCAAGCUCAACACCAAGGUUGUCAGCGGUGACACCUCUGGCGAGCAGAUCAAGCUCGAGGUGGACGCUGCCAAGGGCGGCAAGCCCGAGUCUAUUGACGCCGAGACUGUUCUCGUCGCCAUCGGCCGCCGCCCGUACACCGCCGGCCUCGGCUUGGAGAACGUUGGACUCGAUGUUGACGAGCGUGGCCGCGUCGUCAUCGACUCCGAGUACCGCACCAAGAUCCCUCACAUUCGCUGCGUUGGUGACGCCACCUUUGGCCCCAUGCUUGCUCACAAGGCUGAGGAGGAGGCCGUCGCCGUCGUCGAGUACAUCAAGAAGGGCCACGGCCACGUCAACUACGGCUGCAUCCCCUCGGUCAUGUACACCUACCCCGAGGUUGCCUGGGUCGGCCAGACCGAGCAGGAUCUGAAGAACCAAGGGAUCCCCUACCGCAUCGGUACCUUCCCCUUCAGCGCCAACUCGCGUGCCAAGACCAACCUCGACACCGAGGGUAUGGUCAAGAUGAUUGCCGACCCCGAGACCGACCGUCUUCUCGGUGUCCACAUCAUCGGCCCUAACGCUGGUGAGAUGAUCGCCGAGGGCACCCUGGCUCUUGAGUACGGUGCCUCCACCGAGGACAUUGCCAGGACGUGCCACGCCCACCCUACCCUGGCCGAGGCCUUCAAGGAGGCUGCCAUGGCCACCCACGCCAAGGCCAUCCACUUUUAA